AUGAAGGUCACCAAGGAUGAAGUUACAAUUAAAGAACUAAAAGACUGGUGGGGUCACGAAGGACAAACUGUUCAACUAAAAGAUGCUGAUCCAAAUGAGCUUCAGCUUUUUAUUGAAAAAAUGCCCGUUCCAAUCAAAGGUGAGAGUUUUCAAAGUAAUUUCCAAAAUUUUGUUUAAGUUUUGGUUUUGGCCGGGAAUAAAGAGGUACAUGGUUGAAGCUCUGUAUAAAUGUAUGGAACCAAACAGAUCAAAGUUAAUAUGGUUAGUGUAGCUAUAGUGUUUUUGGUUUUAGUUUUUAAAUAAAAAGAGGUUAUUAGGUUAAACUUAGUGUAUUGUACGAAGGUUUAUAAAAACAGGUAGCUCAAGCUUAUGGCUAGAGUAGUUAGUUUGGUGUUUUUGAAUUGAGAAGCAUGUGGUUAAACCCGUACAUUUGUAUGGAUCAGCUGGGCUUAAAUAUUAAUAAUUGAUGAGUGAAAUAUUCAUGUAUAAACAUCAACGCUCAUAAAUUUUGUCAGCUGGGGAUCUUCACGUCAAAACAUUGUUCGCUGUGUCAAGAGGAGUAGACUACUAGAACAAUAUUGAUCUUCUUAAAAGCAACAACGCCCGUAGAGCAUGAUAUCCGGGUGGCCCCUGUUCUAGUGAUUUGGAGUAAAAAAAAAUAAGAUCAUGUUUCAAGACUAAAUGAAAGCUUUGAGUCAAACAUUAGUCUGUAAUUCACAAAUCGAUUGAUGCGAAUUGCUUCCUCGCUUCAUUCUUCUCUCGCGCUGGCGGUUCCGCCGACAAAAUUUCCCCUCAGACCCUGAAUCGUCCUCAGUAGUUUUCUUAUCAAAAAUGUAGUUUACGUCAUAGAAAGUGCUUUUUACGGGGUUGUAUUCAAGAGCUUGUUUGUGUCAAAACCCGAACGAGCGAGAUACGAGCGAGUGAGGGCUUUUGACACAAACAACUCGUAAAUAUGACCCCGUACAAAGCACUUUCUAUGACGUGAACUGUUUAUUACACAUAUCACGAGAAUUUUCACUGAAAUAGUUUUCUUAAUGUAACACAUAAGCUUAUUGCUAAGAGCAAAUCACAAAUACUGAGAUGCAAAUGCAAAUUUAAUAGCAAUGGCAAAUCUCGCAGCACAUCCUUAGUCCUCAUCGUGCAGAACAGAUAAUGCACUUGUGCAAAAAUUUAAUCUAGUAUGAUGUUACAAAAGAUGUGGGCUUGUAGAGAGGAGUUCACGCUCAUAGUUGCAUCAUAGGUAAUCAGGGCAAGAUGGCCGGACAUUCAAAGAUUUAUAUUGGAAUUCAAAGCUCUCUAAUUCUUCCUAAAUUCAUAUGUUUGAUGCUUUCUCUUUAAAAAGAGUAACUUACGAGUUCAAAGAAACAAUACACUAAAUCUGGAGUGCAGAGAAGUCGGUGAUCAGUUUUUAGAAAACCUUGAUUUCCCAUACUUUUUCUGUAAUUUUACAGUAUCAAAAUUACAGAAAAUCUGUGGAAAAAUUGAGAUUUUACUAAAAACUGAUCACGGACGUCUAGCUACUCAGCAAUAUUAAGUGACAAUCGGAGCGAAACGGAAUUCUGAAUUUCAUCUUCUUCAUCAGCAUCUCAUUUAUGCGUAUGUGUCGCUCAGUUUCAAGAGAGAAACGCAGUGCAUUUAAAAUUUUCUUUGAAGUCAUAAUUUUGAAUUUUUCUUUUUUAGGUGACACUUAAUCAGUUCGCCCAUGUUACUUACGUGAUUUUCAUGAUUACCUUGUUUUCAUUUUGAUCACGAAUUAUCUUUUCAGAAAAAAUGCAAAAUCUACGCAAAGCAAAUUCGCCAAGGCGAGCCUCAAAAUUAGAAAGUCAGUGGAGGGAUUUUCAGCGAUGUGAAGAAAACUUCCAAAGACAGAUACGGGAGAUGCAGCAACGCGAACAGGAUUUACAAAGGAAACUCAGAGUGGUUAAAGAACGGUAUCAGGACUCUCAAAGCCAGCUAACAGAUAUUGAGCAACAUGAACAAAAUAUGCAGCGGCUGUUGAGAGAGCUUCAGGAACGAGAAAAAAAUUCUCAAAGGUAGUUGAUGGAGUUUCAACAGGGUGAAGAAAAUUCUCAAAGGCAGCUGAUGGAGUUUCAACAACGUGAAGAAGAUUCUCAGAGACAGCUAACAGAGUUUCAACAACGUGAAGAAAGUUCUCAGAAGCAGCUGAGGGAGUUUCAACAACGUGAAAGAAAUUCUCAGAGGCAGCUGACGGAGUUGCAGCGGCAACUGAGGGAGAUAGGACAACAGUUGACCAAUUGCCGAGGACAAGUUUCUGAGCUACAGUUAAGUCUUUCAACAGCACAGCAAACAAUAAAUCAAUUGCGGAACCAGGAAACACGUGACUGGGUUAUUCCCCGGGACGAAAUUCAAAUCACAAAGAAAUGCCUUGGGAGGGGAGGAUGGGGAAUUGUCAAUAAGGGAACGUAUUGUGGCUGUACUGUAGCAGUGAUGCAGAUCCAUGAGUUGAUUCUUUCUCCUCAUAACAUAAACCUGUUUGAAAGAGAAAUGAAUAUCUCUUCUAAAUGCCGCCAUCCUCACUUACUACAGUUUAUCGGCGCCACGAAAGAUGAGGGAACUCCUCUGUUCGUGACCGAGCUGAUGGAGAAAAGUCUGCGCACUUUAUUGGAGCACCGGCAACUCUCCGAGACAGAAAUAGCCGUCAUUUCUCUGGAUGUAGCACGUGCCCUGAACUACCUUCACCAGAAAAAACCAGAGCCUAUCAUUCAUCGCGACGUCAGCAGUGUGAAUGUGUUGCUAUGGUGA